AUGGCAGGCCGCCACCCUCUUACCCAGGUACCCGACCUGGUAGGGGCUAGUGGCAACCCGUCGCGUGAAGCCGACAUGGCGCUUAGUCCAUACCCUGCACUGUUGCACGACGUUGCUGAGGCUUACGAGAAGUUCGCUGGAUACGCCAAUAUCAUUGCUAAAGGUGGGCCCCUGGCACCCCAAUUUGGCGAUUCACUUUUCUACUCCGAAGUAGAAAGGACGGCUGCUAGAAUAUUCGGGGAGCCACGCCCACGCUUGGUUGAAGGCGACAGCAAUACACUCAUUGAAUGGACCGAUGUCCUUCGCGAAUUGCUGACUCCCGGGGACUUUCAACGACAAGCCAAUGGGAUGUACCGAUGCCGCGUUCGGGGAAGCUUAAUCGAGGUCUCUGAGGCGAACUACAUUGAAAUCCUCACCGGCGUGACUGAACGACUUUUGCAGCCAUUGCAAAACUUGUCCGAUGAGCAGAAGGAGACUCGAGUGCGUCUCAAAUUGAGUGCCUACCUGCAUCAGACCCACCAGACCCUCUUGCAAUUUGCGACCGCAGUCCAGACGUCUAUUGAUGCUUUGAACACACCCCCGACUAUUCACGAUGCAAAUCCCAGCUCUACUGGACGUGAUCAAGCCCAACUGCGUACUCCAAUGUCGGCUCGACAACCCGUGAGUUCUUCUCGUGAGGUAAUCUGCAUAUCCGAUACUGAAAGCGACACCGUCAACAAGUCUAGCGCCAACAUCAAACAGGAAGCACCAGAAUCGGGCCAGUCUGAGCCCCCUGAGAUCGUUAGGAGGUAUAUGGCGGAAGUCAUGCAAUCUCACACGCAAGGACGUAUCAAAUCUGGAUCAUCUGAGGUUCUUCAGAACAAUUCCAUCGAGCAAACGAGCGACACCAAUGAUUACGAUUACGUCCCGUCAACCGACGUUUUCCGAAGCAAUUCCACUGGUUCUGCGAGCUCCACGGGUGAUUAUGCCUCCUCACUCGACGUUUCUCGGGGGAAUUCCAAUGAUUCAGCGAAUGGCACGAAUGAUAAUGCCGGGUAUAUUGCAUAUGGCAUCUUGCGAUUGGUCGCUAGCCUGGUCAACGACAACAAUGCCGAUGCCGAAUUGGUCGAUAAUAACUCCUCCGCUCUGAACGACCCUGAGCUCGAAAACACGGAUGCCAAUGGCAACAUCAAUUCCAAUGCCAAUAUCGAACCGUCUGGCCUGACUUCCGAAAUGGCCUCUGACACUAUCCGUCCGUGGUUGUCCAACAUCAAUGCCCCUGGUAAUGAAGACGACGAUGCUCAAUCAUUUGGAUCCGACAUCCCUUUUUAA